AUGGAAUGCCAGCCUGUUGCGGUACAAGGAAACGUAGCAAAUCUCGAUGAUGUGAAUAUUGCCAUCUCCCAGAGCCCUCGAAAAAUUGGCGGCGUGAUCCAGCUUGCACUGGAAUUUGAAGGUAAAGAGCCACAGCAGUUUCCUAUACCACAGGACUCAGUACUGCACGACAUGUUCUACGAGGACUGGCAAUGCCCUCUAGCUCCUAAAGUCCACGGUACAUGGAACCUCCACCAAGCACUGAGUAGCACUCCUCUGGACUUUUUCAUCAUGUUCGACUCCAAUGCAGGCAUACACGGGUCACCAUCCCAAGCAAACUAUGCCGCAGCAAACACGUUCCUUGUAGGAUUAGCCAAGUAUCGACACAGCCUGGGACAACCUGCACCAGUCCUUGGCCUGGGACCGACUGCUGAGAUUGACUAUGUGAGCCGACAACCCAAACUGCGGCGAUACUUCGACAGCCUGGGCGUACGCUAUGUGCACGAACAAGGUCUGCUAAGCGUCGUGCAUCUUCUCAUCAAACACAGCAGGGAUCCUGCGCUGCUCCAGAACUCCGCAGUUCAAGAUCCACACCACCUUUCCCUUGGAGCAAUCUAUAAGUUGAGAUAA